UUAUUUCCAUUUUACGGUAAUGAAUUAUAUAGUUGCAUUUGGAAUCACUUUGGAAAGCAUUCAUGAAAGGCAAUAACGGUUAAACGUUUCCGCAGAUAUGCUGUACCGCAACAAAUGGAAUACGGAGCAAUUAUGGGAUUUUAACUCAAGAAAUGAGCAACAAGUCAGUGGAAAAUGAUGAGAAUUCGUCAGAGACUUUAAAUCCAGCGAGUGAAUCAACUUGUUUCCAGCCUCGUUUGAGCCGCACGCUAAUCAUAGUCAUCAUAUUUGAUAUUCUUCUUUGCAUAGCAACUAUUGUUGGAAAUACUCUAGUCGUCUUUGCCGUUCUAAGGUACAAAAAAUAUCGUCAACUUCGCAGUGUUACAAAUGUAUUUAUUCUUGGCCUGGCAGCAGCCGAUUUGUUGGUUGGUCUCAACGUCCCUUACUACAUCCUGUUUUAUUUCGACAUGAUGUCAUUGUCUUGCAAUCGUAUCACUUGCUUGUUGAGAUACUGGUUCACCAUAUACACUUCGGGAUGUUCUCUUUUGUGUUGUGUUGGAGCUGCUGUGGAUCGCUACAUCGCCAUUUUGCACCCAUUAUCCUACAUGCGAGUCAUGCGAACCAGAUAUGCAUCAAUAUACGUUCUUAUAGUGUGGCUAUCAAUGGGAGUCGUCAGCUCUUUACCUUUGGCAGGAAUAGGUGACACAUUUCAUCCAAAGAAUGAGUGUGACUUAUAUUAUACACAUACAGCAAAUUAUGCUUUGGGUGCUGUAGCAUCUGUAGUGACAGGAACAUUUGUCAUUACUACAACUCUGUAUAUAAUAAUUUUCAAGGCUGCAUUAAAGCACAAGCGAGCUGUCGUGGCUCUAGAUUAUAGCAACAAAACGAGACAAGAAGCCAAAACUGCUAAAAUGAUGGCUCUAGUAAUGGGUGUGAAUUUGUUAGGUUUCCUACCUUACCUGACGGUGAUUACGAUGAGAUACCUAGAUGGCGUGAAUCAAGAGAAGAUAGCUUAUUUUAAGCCUUUUGUAGUCUGUUGUUAUUUUGGAAAGUCCGCGAUGAAUCCUAUUAUUUAUGGUUGGAAAAACAAAGAUUUUAGAUCCGCUUUCAGAAGAAUGACUAGUUUUAAAAAAGAAAUGCAAGUCCAUUACCCUAACACCAAGAAAAAAAUGGUAUAUUGAAGUGUUCAGUCUUUCCGGCUGACAAAUGGUUGUAUUUUUAAACUAUUGCUGUAUAUAAUCCUUUGCUAAAAAUAAAUUUUUACUGUGCUAAACACUCACGUUUUUGCUACAU